AGGGAGGAGCUGUGGGCCAGUAUAUAACCCGCCUGCUCCAGCGAGGGACUGACACAGGACUGCGUGUGUCUCACAGCCCAGCAAACCCGUCCUGAUCCGAAUUAACCCUUUCGCCGCUGUUGGGCCUCCUGCGGGGAGCUGGCUGGCUGAUGCUCAGGCAAAUCCUCGAACCCAGACCCCAAGGGAAACAGAACAAGGAUGAUUCAGUGACCUGGAGUCGAUUUGGGCAGCGCCUGCUAAGGCCUAGUUGACCCUGGGGAUCAAAGCAGUGCCAAGGAUACCUUUGAAACAGUUCAUUCGAACACAACCCAGACACAGUCUGACUGGUCGGGAUAUUUGGACAAAACUCACCAUCCAAUUAUAUUUGACGGGGGGUUUCCUCAUCACCGCAUGUAGCCAAACCGCGCCUGAGCUGUAAUCCAGUGAGCUGCUUUGAAACUGUCCUGAAGAAGGGCUCUGCCGGCACCGCCAGCCCCACCGUGAACAGGCCUUAGUUACCAGUGGCUGCAGAAAGAUGGUUGAGAUGAAUAGGUCUCCCGUUUUGGUCUCCCGUUUUGGACUCCAUGAGUCUUUCAGAGAGAGAAAAGAUGUGGAAGGAGUCGUCUCCUGUUGAGGAGCCAGAGCCAGAUCCAGAUCUGGGUUCCCAGAAAACCUCAAUGACACAAAACGGAACAGCUUAUGUGCCCAUCCCCCCAAAGGCUGGAGAGAGCUGCACAAUCUGCCCUACAGGUUUGCUGUCUGGGUUGAAACCAUGGGCACGUCGCUGGGCAGUUCAGAGUGUGGGUCUCAAUCUUGUACUGGUCAUCCUCAGCCUCAUCCUCCUCAUCGCCCUCAUCGCCGUGUCAGCAAAGAAAUCAGAGCCGUCUCCAGCUGGUGCUGCCUGUCCAGUGGCUGCCUGCCCAGAAAGCUGGAUCGGGCACCUGGGGAAGUGUUACUAUUUCUCAGAGGCUGAAGGGAGCUGGACCCACAGCCAGAACAACUGCUCUGCCCUCGGUGCCUCCCUGGCAGUGAUUGACACCCAGCAGGAAAUGGAUUUCCUGAUGCGCCAUAAAGGACCCCCUGACCACUGGAUCGGCCUCCAGAGGGAACAGGACCAACCCUGGAUGUGGACCAAUGGCAAUGAAUUCAACACGUGGUUUCCAAUAGCGGGAGGAGGCCUGUGUGCUUUUCUGAACAGAGGCGAUGUUUCCAGUUCAGGCUGCUCCAGGGACGCACGCUGGAUCUGCAGCAAAGCAGCAGAGAAACCAGCAGGCAGAGCAAAGUGACUGACCUGGAUGAGUCGAGCCUUGUCCUUUCAGUAGAGCUGGCCCAAGCUGUCUCAACGAGUGGGGAACUAGAUGGGGCUGGCGAAGGGGGACAGCCCAGCAGGAAGGAAGAGAGACGCUCGCUGAAGGACAUCAGGUAGCUCCUCCCCUUGGAGCCUCUGGCACCAUUGUCCCAUUUGGGAGUGCGGGGUGCUCCAGGGAUUUAAUAUGGAGGCCACAUAAUGUGGGUCUUUUAUGGCUCCAUUCCAGCAGCCCCACCCUGAAUCAGGAGUUGGACUCCCGGGAUGGGGUGAGGCACAGUGGCCCUCCCAGGCUGAGGGCAGCCCCUGUGUUCAGGUUUAAUAACAUCUGGAGCCUGCCACGUAAAAUUCAUCCAUGGGCCUGUGCUUACUUUGCCACUGCGUCCUCAUCAGUGUUCCUGCUCCAGCCAACAUGCAGCUACCCCUGGCCUGAGUGAACCCCUUGUAACCAGCCAGCCAGCACCCCAACCAUUGGACAGAUGGACAGUAGCCAUAAGAUAGGACAUGGCAGUUGUUUGUACUUCACAAGCAGCAGGGGGUGAGAAGUUGGCAGCCAGGCCUGCUGGGAGAGGAAAUGGGUAGAAAAGCCCAGGCUCUGUCUAUGGCACAGAGAAGGGAUCUUUUGACUUGGAAAUUGGAAGGGGAGCAGCCAAACCUGCAGUGUCCCUCCUGUCAGAGACCCUGUGCAGGAGCUGGCUAAGGGCUGGGGCUAAACUGAUCUGCCAGAGACUCUCUGGAGGUGCUGUGGCCCCUGCAGCCAUGGAGUGAAGGGGCCGGGGUGAACCCUGCCGCCUGGGGGAAGAACUCGAACUCCUGCUGUGAGGUGAGAAGGGCUGGUCUGCAGGCCCUGCUGCGAGGGCUGCGGGAGCGUGAAGAGGCUCCGUGGACAGGAGAGGAUGCUGGAACGUGCUAGGAUAGACUCGCUCUGUGUGUGUGUGUGUGCGCGCGCAUGCGCAUACAAACUUUUUAUAAUAAUAAACUACACUGGGGUUUAAAAUA